ACAGGAACUCGGCGACUCAUGUCAGUGGAAAGACACAGAAAAACACAGAACCGGCCAGGCAUUGGGCCUUCUGAGAAACCUACAGCAUGAAUUAUAAAUGCAGAACCCUACGGAUAUAACAGCCAACACCAUGCCGCUGAAUUCAAAUUUGGAGAGUAAAAACUACGACUAUGACUACGAUUCUCUUCAACCGUAUUUUUAUUAUGACAACGAAGAUGAGGAUUUCUAUCACCAGCAACUUCAGCCACCGGCUCCGAGCGAGGACAUCUGGAAGAAAUUUGAAUUGUUGCCCACCCCUCCCCUCUCCCCGAGUCGUCGACCGUCUCUGUCAAGUCUUUUUCCCUCCACUGCAGAUCAACUUGAAAUGGUGACCGAGUUUCUCGGGGACGAUGUAGUAAAUCAGAGCUUCAUAUGUGAUGCCGACUAUUCCCAAACCUUUCUCAAGUCCAUUAUCAUUCAGGACUGUAUGUGGAGCGGUUUCUCAGCCGCAGCCAAGUUGGAGAAAGUCGUAUCCGAGAGACUCGCAUCUCUUCAUGCUGCAAGGAAGGAAUCAGCUGUUGACCACGGUGCAGAGUGCACGGGGCGGUUGAACGUCAAUUACUUGCAAGAUCUCAACACCUCCGCAUCAGAAUGCAUCGAUCCCUCAGUAGUCUUCCCCUACCCAAUAACUGAAAUUCCUAAACCAAGCAAGAUGACACCCUCCACGGACCUGGCUCUGGACACCCCGCCUAACAGUGGUAGCAGCAGCAGCAGUGGAAGUGAAUCAGAAGAGGAUGAAGGGGAUGAUGAGGAGGAUGAGGAAGACGAGGAAGAAAUAGAUGUGGUGACAGUAGAGAAGAGGCAUUGGGUGAGGCGGUGUGACUCGUCUGGCAGCCCCGCGUCAGAGAGCAGGCACCACAGUCCUUUGGUGCUGAAGAGGUGCCAUGUCUCCACCCACCAGCACAACUACGCAGCCCAUCCCUCCACCCGACAGGAGCAGCCUGCUGUCAAGAGACUGAGGCUGGAGAAUAACAAUAACAGCAGUAGCAGAGUCCUCAAACAGAUCAGCAGCAACCGCAAGUGCUCCAGCCCCCGGACGUCCGACACGGAGGACUACGACAAGAGAAGGACUCACAAUGUGCUGGAACGCCAGCGGAGGAACGAGCUCAAGCUGAGCUUCUUCGCUUUACGGGACGAGAUCCCCGAGGUGGCAAACAAUGAGAAGGCGGCCAAGGUGGUGAUCCUGAAGAAGGCCACAGAGUGCAUCUACAGCAUGCAGACGGAGGAGCAGAAGUUGCUGUCUCAGAAGGAGCAACUGAGAAGGAAAAGUGAACAUUUGAAACAGAAACUCGCACAGUUGCAGAGUUCUCAUGUUUAAGCCUGUGUCGUGUUUAAAAAGACUUUCUUCGCCCUUCACGUUUUUUAUGCAAGUUCAGACUUUGUGUAGAGUUGAUAUUGCAUGCAAAUGCAAAAAGAUUAAGUUGUUUUGAAAUCUUGUCUGAUUUCAAUGUUAAAACUGCCUCAAUUGAAGUUGUGGGUGGAUACAUAUUUAAAGUUUAUUUUUAUUAAUAAAAUAUAAAAAAGUGGGUAACUGGUUGAAUACCCAACAUAAAAUAUAAUUUUUUAUGUUUUGUAUAUAAUUACUUAAUAUUUCCUAAGAAAUGUAUUUUUGGAUCACUUGUCUGGAAGUUCAGACACUGUUGUUUUCAGUGUAUUGUUUUCCAUAUUAUGUUCUUAGAUUAUUCUAAAAUAUAAAUGCGUUUCUUUUUGAAAACUUGA